AUUUCUUUUGUGAACAGUGGCACUCUCGAUUUUAAAUACGAAAUAAAUAUUUCGAUAUUGCUUAUGCAUUUUCUAACAAAAUUGUAAUAAAGUUUUCAAAAAAUUUGAUACAUGGAAAUAACAUUAGCUGGACAUGCCGUUUGGGGACGGCGGAUGUGUGAACGGAAUGUCGCCUGUUUAAAUAGAGCUUGUUCAGCUACGCCCACAUUCUAAUGUGGCCAUAUCCAGCACCCAGCUCCGUGUUCCCUGAAAAUGUCAUUUUCUGAUGAACUUAUUACCAGAUCCCAAGGUGCGAUGGAUUAAAAAACUAAUCAGUCUACUCUUGAUGGAAAAGUGAAAGAAAUCGACAUAGAUGCGAUAAUUGUUGAAGAAUUAGGUCAAUUUGGCUCGUACCAACUACGAACAAUCGCUUUUCUUGUAGUAUUUAUUACACUAUGUGGAUUACAUAGUGAGGCGGUAUUUUCAGCGGCUAGAAUCAAGACUAGAUGCCGAAUCCCAGAGUGUGACAUUUGAUUUAGAAGUUAUAGAUUUUAACAACAACUGGGUUUCAAAUGCAAUACCCAAAACUAGUAGUGGUUCCUUAGAUAACUGUCGACGAUUUGUUCAAAAUGUUUCUUAUAUUCCAUCCAGUAAUGAUUUUUGUCCAGCUACUAUGUUUGAUCAACAAAUCAUAACGGAAUGUGAAGAAUAUAUUUACGAAAAUCGUAAUACAGUUGUUUAUGAUUUUGGGCUGGCAUGUAAUGAAUGGGGUCGCACUUCUAUUAGCACCAUGUCAGCUUUAGCAACCUUUAUAUCACUGCCACUCACUGGUUUUAUAUCGGAUCGUUGGGGGAGAAAGACAGCGUUCACAAUAACAGUAUUUAGUUCUUCCGUUUUUGGCUUAGCUCGAUACUGGUGUACAUCGUAUCAUAUUUUCAUCAUUUUAGGAUUUGCCUCAACUAUUUUCAACGGAGGCUACUAUCCUACAGCAUUUAUUCUAGGUACAGAAUUAGUUGGUUCGAAAUAUCGUGUGUUCAUCGGUUUAUUAUUGAACAUCGGCUUAGCGUUAGGCGAAAUCGUAUUGGGACUAGUUGCUUGGGCUGUUCCUCAUUGGCGAAAUUUAACUUUACUAGCUUAUAUUCCUACACUUACCAUCGUUUUAUUUUGGGUCGCUUAUACAAAUCCUGUGCGGUGGUACAUUAGUAAAGGAUUAUAUAAAGAGGCUGAAAAUACCUUAAUAAAUAUUGCUCGAGUAAAUAAGAAACAUUUAUCAGAUAAUUUAAUAACAAUCUUAAAGCGGGCGAGAGAAGAACAAAUGAAGAAAGAAGGUUUAGAAAGAGAAGAAAGAAAAAAGGAACCCUGGUUGGUAGUGCAAGUGUGGCAACACAAGCCGGUCUUGAUCCGAUGUCUAGUGUCACCAGUGUGGUGGAUCACAUUCACUUUUAUUUACUACGCAUUAGCAAUAAAUUCAGUAGGUAUACUUGGAAUUCGGCAACCCAUACAUAACGUUUAUAUAGCAGUUGCGGUAAUUGAUAUUCCCGGACACAUCAUUGGGUAUCUUCUGUUGCAUAAGGUUGGAAGAAAACCUGUGUUAUCGGGAGGAUUCUUUGUAUGUGCUGCAUCACAGAUAUCAUAUCUCUUUGUACCUAAUGAGUUAUAUGCAGUGUCUCUCACAUUAUACUUGAUUGGCAAAUGUUCUUCCUCAGUCAUGAUUAUAACGACGUAUGUGUAUACGUCUGAGCUGUACCCCACCAGGUACAGACAAAGUCUCGUGGCCCUCUCUUCCAUGAUUGGCAGGAUUGGAUCGACUGUCUCCCAUAUUACUCCGGCUCUUGGUGACCAGCUUCCAUACAUACUGUAUGCAUGUUUAGCUACUAUCGCCGGGACGCUUGUAUUCAUCACGCCAGAAACCUUUGGCUCCAAAUACACAGACACAAUGGAAGAAGCCUCCGAGCUAGGAUCAAUAUUUCACAAGAGCAAAAGACAAGAAAGUGAUAACUAGAUUAGAUUGAAUUAGGUAGUCCUCGACUUAAUUUUUUAAAUAAACAAGCUUCUGUUAUUUAA